CUUUCAUCCUUGAUCUUGUCUAUUUGUGGCUAAUCUGGAAUGGAAGAGGAGCGAGUGGAGUUGGCACAUAAAAGAAUGACAGAUUGAACAUCUGAGGGGAUUAGCAGCCUGCAGGACUUUAAAAGGGGACAGUCCGACAGUGAGAGGACAAACUGACAAGAUCAACAGACAGCAUCUUGAAAAACUGUUCUUCAUAGACUUCAACACAAGUAACUAAACGAAAUGGCAGACGUCGCCGUUGCAGCACCUGCCGACAAAAAGGCUCCUCCUAAAUUCAAGCAGAGGGCCAUGCGCACCUUCAAGAGUAAGGCACCUAAACCAGGCCAGAAAGGAUUCGGAGAUGACAUCCCGGGCAUGGAGGGUCUGGGAACAGACAUCACCGUGAUUUGCCCAUGGGAAGCCUUUGGCGACAUGGAGCUCAGCGACCUGGCGAAAUAUGGGAUUGUUUAGACCUCUCUCCUCUGCCUUUGCCCCUAUUUGCCACUAUAGUCGCUCAUGUAUUCCUACUGUUGUUUAAGCAGCUGAAGAUCUACUACCUGUGUGCUUUAGAGAGGAGGCAGCCCUUCAUGAUUUAGAGGUUUGACCUGGAAAAAUAAUAUUCUGGCACUCUGUCUUGUCCAAUGCACUUUAAUUGCCCCUGCCUUUCCUGCAAUUCACUAUCAUCCUCUCAUACUUUUUUCAUCCCUGCCUUCUCUUUUAUCCAAAACCUCUCUUUUUUUUCCUAUUUUCUCUCUUUCUCUGUAUUGACA